CGGGAAAAGCUGCUCGUGGCGGCCGCCGCGCUGCGUCUGCGCCGCGGAGGUCAGGGGGAGACGGCGCAGGAGCAGCGUGUCCAGGCGUCGCCACCCUCUGCCCGGGCCGGAGGGCGCAGCAGCCGCAGCGCGUGCGGCCGUCCCGCGCAGGAGCCAUGGUCGCGUCCCGGCUCUUCACGCUGGUGCUGGUGGUGCAGCCGCCCCGCGUCCUCCUGGGCAUGAAGAAGCGCGGGUUCGGAGCGGGGCUCUGGAACGGCUUCGGGGGCAAGGUGCAGCCGGGCGAGAGCAUCGAGGAGGCCGCUCGCAGGGAGCUUCUGGAGGAGAGUGGAUUGACUGUGGACACCUUGCAGAAGAUGGGUCAGAUCACAUUUGAAUUUGUGGGCAGCUCUGAACUCAUGGAAGUUCACAUUUUCCGGGCAGAUGAUUUUCAUGGAGAGCCAACAGAAAGUGAUGAAAUGCGUCCACAGUGGUUUCAGCUGGAUGAGGUGCCAUUCAAUCACAUGUGGGCAGACGAUGCCUAUUGGUUUCCCCUGCUUCUUCAGAAGAAGUUGUUUCGUGGCUAUUUUAAGUUCCAGGGACAAGACACUAUCCUGGAACAUACCCUGAAAGAAGUGGAGGAAGUUUAAGAAGAAAACGGAAGCAUUCAAGCCAUGUGCUGUUGCCCACAUUGGGCUAGGAACAGCAUGACUACUUCUUAUACCACUCUCCUUUCUCAGCUCUCUAGCAGAGACUUAUUUCCCAUGGCUUGGCAGCUAAAGAAAAUGAGGGGGUUUCUUAGAGCACAAAGAAGAGUAACAAGCUUUUCCAUGCUGGUAUGUGGUAUAGUUUACUGGUUGCUUGAUGAUAGCUUCUAAAAACUUAGUGUUAACCCUUUCCUUCUCAAGCAGUUUGUU